AUGGGUACAAGAUCCUUUACAUGUAAGACCUAUUGCUCAUGCAAUUUGGGAUCCUCAUUUGGUCAACCAGCUGUAGAAGCUUUUACCCUAGGAGGUGCUCUAGGCCCUGUUAAUAUAGCCCAUUCUGGUGUUUAUCAGUGGUGGUAUACAAUCAGUUUACGUACUAAUGGGGAUCUUUAUACUGGAGCUAUUUUUCUAUUGAUUCUUUCUACUAUAUCUUUAAUAGCGGGUUGGUUACACCUGCAACCGAAAUGGAAACCAAGUGUUUCGUGGUUUAAAAAUGUCGAAUCCCGCCUCAAUCAUCAUUUGUCAGGAUUAUUCGGAGUAAGUUCCUUGGCUUGGACAGGGCAUUUAGUCCAUGUCGCUAUUCCGGGGUCCAGGGGGGAAUACGUUCGAUGGAAUAAUUUAUUAGGUAUAUUGCCGCACCCAGAAGGAUUAGGUCCAUCUUUUAUAGGUCAUUGGAAUCUUUAUGCUCAAAAUCCUGAUUCCAAUAAUCAUAUCUUUGGUACCCCUCAAGGAGCAGGAACUGAUAUUCUAACACUUCUCGGGGGAUUUCAUCCACAAACUCAAAGUUUAUGGUUGACUGAUAUUGCACAACAUCAUUUGGCUAUUGCAUUUCUUUUUCUAAUUAGUAGCCAUAUGCAUAGAACUAACUUCAGGAUUGGUCACAGUAUAAAAGAUCUUUUAGAAGCACAUACUCCUGACUUCUGA